AAGCGCAAGCGCGCUGCCCAAGCGCUCGACAAUGCGCUGUCCAAGAAGGCCCGCCUGCGAACUACCAAGGCGUCGAAGUACCUUGAAACGGGGUGGAUUCCUGCUACUUCAGUAGUGGCAGAGCGCUUCUUCUCCAUGGUCAAGAGCUCCGUUGGGUACCUGCGCAAGAGCAUGAGCGCGUCUACGCUGGAGACGGUGAUGUUUUUGAAGUUGAACUGGGACUUGGUUACCCUGGGCUCGGUGUCGGCGGCGAUCGAGCGCUCUAACGAAGCCGGAGCAUAUAGUUGA